UGCUGCUUUACUUAUGAAUGAGGGCAUCUCUUCAUCGUCGUCAUUCUCCGCUGCUUAAACUCUCAAGCUCGCUUUUCCCAGCCGUAAACUGUAAAAAGUCAUCUCAGUCUCAUAUUUAAUACUACACCUGCAUAUAUAUACAGACGAUAUAUGUAUAUCUCGUGAAUUUCGUCUUUUCGGACUCGAGUUUUCUACUCUGAAUCUCAAAGUAUUUGAAAUUUUCGAUUGCUUUUGCGGUGUUGAUCUAGCUAAAGCUCCGAUUUCGCCUCCAGAUUUGUCUAGGGUUUGCUCGUUGAUGCAGUGCAGAUGUUGGUGUAGGGAAGUGAUUGCAAGUUGAAUAGAAGGUAAAAUUGAUGGUUUUCUCUCUCCUAGGGUAUUAUUAGUGUGUGGUUUGUGGGAAAGUUUGUUGGAUUAGUGUAGCUAGGGCUGGCUGGCGGUGGUGAUGGAUUCUUAUAGGCCAUUCCAGCCCCCGUCGCAACCCGCGUUUGCUCCUCCUCCUCCCCCACCGCCGAAUCAGAAUCCUCUGCAACCUCCCCCGCCAGCAUCCACCGCAGGGCAGCCGCGAGGGAAUCAGCCAUCUCAGAAUUGGGGGGGAUACGGUAAUUAUCAACAUGCGCCGCCGCAUUUUAGCGGCCCUAUUCCGCUGCCACCACCACCCCAGUCUCAUCAGUAUCCGCCACCCCCGCCUCCGCCGGAUUCUUCGUACCCUCCUCCACCACCGCCACCACAAGCUGCUCCCCCAGCUCCACCAGUGUAUUAUCCUUCUUCUCAAUACUCGCAAUACAACCAACACCAGCAUUUACAACCCCCACCUCCACCUCCUCCACCUUCCUCUCCUCCCCCAAAUUCAGCAAUUCCUCCUCCUCCGCCACCUUCUUCACCCCCACCACCCCCUUCCUCAGCUCCCCCUGCGCAUCCAAGUAAUGAAAGCAGGCCUGCAGCUGAGAAAGCAGCUCCCAAGGAUGGAAGGGAUUCUGGGUGGCGAGAAUCAGGGCAUGGGAAUCACGGGAUACCCUCUAAGCAGAAACCUCCUGUUCCUCCCAUGCAAGUGAAGAAACCAAAUGCUCCUUCUGGAAGAGUUGAGACAGAGGAAGAGAGGAGGUUGCGGAAGAAGAGAGAGUAUGAGAAACAAAGGCAUGAAGAGAAACAUAGGCAUCAUUUAAAAGAAUCCCAGAACAAGGUGCUGCAGAAGACCCAAAUGCUAACUUCUGGAGCGAAGGGUCAUGGUUCCAUUAGUGCAUCACACAUGGCUGACAGGAGAACUGCUCCUUUGUUAAGUGGGGAGAGAACUGAAAAUCGGUUGAAGAAGCCAACAACAUUUCUCUGCAAGCUGAAGUUCCGAAAUGAAUUGCCAGAUCCAACAGCACAGCCAAAGCUCAUGUCUUUAAGAAGAGACAAAGAUAGAUUUACCAAAUACACCAUCACUUCAUUAGAGAAAAUGCACAAGCCUCAACUAUAUGUUGAACCAGAUCUCGGAAUCCCUCUUGACCUGCUUGAUCUCAGUGUAUAUAACCCCCCCAAGGGUGAAAGGACUCCCCUGGAUCUCGAGGAUGAGGCCUUGUUGCGUGAUGAUGAUCCUGUAACCCCUAUCAAGAAAGAUGGCAUUAAAAGGAAAGACAGGCCAACUGACAAGGGUGUUUCUUGGCUAGUCAAAACACAAUAUAUAUCUUCUCUAAGCAUGGAUUCAACAAAACAGUCUCUGACUGAAAAGCAAGCGAAGGAAUUACGAGAAAAUAAAGGAGGCCAAAACAUUUUGGAGAACCUUAAUAACAGGGAUAGACAAAUAAAAGAAAUUAAGGCUUCUUUUGAGGCAUGCAAGUCACGACCUGUUCAUGCAACCAAUCCAAAACUACAGCCUACUAAAGUUUUACCCCUUUUCCCAGACUUUGAUCGGUACAAAGACCAGUUUGUGGUUGCUACAUUUGAUAGUGCUCCUACUGCUGAUGCAGAAAACUAUAGCAAGUUAGACAAGGCUAUUCGAGAUGAACAUGAAUCUCGGGCAAUUAUGAAAAGCUUUGUCGCAAGAAACUCAGAUGCUGCUAAACCUGAUAAAUUUCUGGCAUAUAUGGUCCCUUCACCCAAUGAGCUGGAGAAGGAUAUGUUUGAUGAAAAUGAGGAUAUCUCGUAUGCAUGGGUUCGCGAAUAUCACUGGGAUGUACGUGGUGAUGACACAGAUGAUCUAACCACAUUCCUUGUGGCCACUGGCAAAUCAGAGGCACGCUACAUGCCUGUUCCAACAAAACUCUCAUUGAGAAAAAAGAGGGCCAGAGAAGGAAAAUCAAUCGAAGAAGUAGAACAGUUUCCCAUACCUGCAAGAGUGACAGUAAGGAAUAGACAAACAGUAGCUGCCAUUGAAUUGAAAGAUGAAGGGGGUUAUUCAAGUUUCAAGGGGAGUGGUUCAGAUUCUAAGAGAUCAAGAAUGAGCUUGGAAGAUGGUUUACAUUCAGAGAAGGGUAUGCAUGACAGUGAUGAAGACCAAUCUAGUGGCGGUGAAUAUGAGUUAUCUGAUUGAUUGCAAAAAAAAUUCAAGUACAAUAGGGUAAUAAGAAAGUUGAAAGUAGAGAGUAGAUUCUCAAGUACAAGAGAUUACUGACAAGAGUUUUUCUUUGUAACUAUUAAAAAUUUUGUUUUUACAAAGUUUCAACAUUUUAUUAGAUGAUUCUCAUCUGCUGCCA